AUGCAUACGGUGCAGUCACAAUUAUUUCGCAGGCCAAUUCACUGGGGCAUAUGCGGAGCUGGCAAAAUUUCAACGGACUUCGCCAUUGGACUCUUUCAAAACGGUUCUUGUGUCCAUGCAGUCGCUUCUCGAGGUGGAAGUGGAGCACAGGAGUUUGUGCAGAAAUUUGCUGCUUGUGGGCAGAACAUCGGCCACAGCUUCAACUCCUAUGAAGAGAUGUUUGCAGAUCCUGAUUUGGAUAUGGUCUACGUCGGAACAGUUCACCCAACCCAUCAUCAAGUGGCCUUGGCCGCCAUCCGGGCUGGAAAACAUGUGUUGGUGGAGAAACCUUUGUGUACCACUCUGGCUGAAACCAGGGAUCUGGUUGCUGAAGCUCGCAAAGUUGGUGUAUUUUUAAUGGAGGCCUUGUGGACGCGUUGCUUUCCAGUCACGCUGCGAGUCAGAGAGAUUCUGGCUUCCAACAGAUUGGGCCCUGUCAGAGCUGUCAGCGCCGACUUUGGUUUUUACCUGCCUUUUGAUGCCUCUCACCGUUUACAUUCCAAAGAGAUGGGUGGAGGUGCUAUGUUGAACCUUGGCUUUUAUCCGGUGCAGUGGGCUGUGUUUGCCUUCGGUGGCCAGAUGCCCAACCACAUAGUUGCAGCAGGACGUUUAUCACCAUCAGGUGUUGACUUGCAAGGUGGCGCAACGCUCAUAUGGGAUAAUAAAGAUCACACGGGCGAUUCCAAGGUUGGAACUUCAUUUGGCGUGGCCAGUUUGACGUUUGGUUUCUCGUGCAACACUGGAGAAACUGCUGAGAUCAUUUGCGAAAAGGGUAGUCUUUGCGUUGAAACUCCGGCCCACGCCCCGACAAAGCUGAAGGUCGUGGAUCGUACCGCGGAUCCCUUCGCACGUCCAGGUUCCGGUUGUUGUGAAGAGGAAGUGGUUGAAUUUCCAUUGGAGGAGCUUCCUUAUCACACGUGGGCUCAUCCACGGCCUGGCUUGAGCUAUCCUCAUGGGGAAGGCAUGAUGUAUGAGGCGCGACAUGUGGAGGAAUGUUUGUCAAAAGGUUUGUUGGAAUCUCCAUGGUAUCCUUUGGAUGAGACCCUGGUUGUUGCGCAGAUCAUGGAUGAUUGUUUGCACCAAAUAAAUCGGCCAAGCCCUGCAAACUUGGCGGACCGUUGUCAGGGCCUGGUGUUGCUGGGUGUUCCAGACAAGACUCACAGCUGGGCCAAUGAUUAACGAUGAUUCACGAAUAGCCGUAAAGCCAGACUCGCAGGUCAAGCAUGGUCAAGCAAUCUCUUUAGAUGUACAGAAUGUACAGCCUUAAGUUAUCUUAAGUUGCUAAUCGCAGCUUCCAUCAUACUCCCGGUGGGAACCGGAUUGUUGGGUGCCAACCCAUUUGGCUUCUGAUGGUACAUACUUUUGUAUCAGACUUUUCUUUGGGAGCGAUUGCCCAGAAGCUCAUGGCUCGUAGCCAACAUCAAGCACAGAGUUGCACAGAGCCAUUCCUGGUAAUGGAUGUGCAAUCCACACGAAGCGCCA